CUUCUUUUUCUUCUUCUUCUUCUUCUCCUUCUCCUUCUAGACUCGGACUCGCCCGCGUUGACCCGGUCCGGGUUGACGCUCUUUCUUUCCCUGCUUAACUGCGGUUUUUAUCUCUUUCCAUCGUUCAACCUUAUUGCCAUCUUCAAUUUCUUCCUCCGAGGCUUAAAAUACCACUACGUAGCUGUCACCGCCUCCUCCAAAUCUGACCCUGAGUUCCUCAAGUUGAAUCCUCUUGCUUUAAUUCCCGUUCUGGUGGAUGGCGAUUUUGUUCUUGUUGAAUCUUUAGCCAUUAUUAUGGUUGGUCCUCCAACUCAUGAUUUUAAUUCCCCUGUUUCUCUUAUAUAUUCUUAUUUAUACUAUGUA